GAGAACCUGCUACUGUGCGCACCCACGGGAGCCGGCAAGACUAACGUGGCACUGUUGUGCAUGAUGCGAGAGAUCGGCAAACACAUCAAUGCCGACGGUACGAUCAAUGCCGACGAAUUCAAGGUGAUCUAUGUCGCGCCGAUGCGUUCGUUGGUACAGGAGAUGGUCGGAAAUUUCCGGAAGCGUUUGUCGACGUACAAUCUCACUGUUUCCGAGUUAACGGGGGACCAUCAGCUGACGCGAGAACAGAUCGCCGCUACUCAGGUGAUAGUGUGCACGCCAGAGAAGUGGGAUAUCAUAACGAGAAAAGGCGGCGAGAAGACCUUCACGUCGUUGGUGCGGCUGAUCAUUAUUGAUGAAAUUCACUUGCUUCACGACGAAAGAGGACCUGUUCUCGAAGCGUUGGUCGCGAGGACGAUCCGGAAUAUCGAGACUACCCAGGAGGACGUGCGACUCGUCGGCUUGUCGGCCACGUUACCCAAUUAUCAAGACGUCGCGGCGUUUUUGCGCAUCAAACCUGAAACAGGACUGUUCUAUUUCGACAAUAGUUUCCGGCCAGUGGCAUUGGAACAGCAAUACAUCGGUGUCACCGAGAAGAAGGCGCUCAAGCGUUUCCAGGUAAUGAACGAGAUCGUCUAUGAGAAGACUAUGGAACACGCGGGCCGUAAUCAAGUGCUGAUAUUCGUGCAUUCACGCAAGGAAACCGGUAAGACAGCGCGCGCCAUCAGAGACAUGUGUCUGGAGAAAGACACGUUGGGUCAGUUUCUACGAGAAGGUUCCGCGUCGAUGGAAGUAUUGCGAACAGAAGCGGAGCAGGUGAAGAAUCAAGAACUCAAGGAUCUGCUACCGUACGGCUUCGCGAUUCAUCAUGCCGGCAUGACCCGUGUCGAUCGUACUCUGGUGGAGGAUCUCUUUGCCGACCGACACAUACAAGUGCUCGUGUCCACGGCAACCUUGGCCUGGGGUGUUAACUUGCCGGCACAUACAGUCAUCAUCAAGGGCACGCAAGUGUACAAUCCGGAGAAAGGCAGGUGGGUGGAACUGGGCGCGUUAGACGUCCUGCAGAUGUUGGGUCGUGCAGGUCGACCGCAAUACGACACGAAAGGCGAGGGUAUCCUCAUCACGAAUCACAGCGAGCUGCAGUACUACUUGUCGUUGUUGAAUCAGCAGCUGCCAAUCGAGUCGCAGCUGAUCAGCAAAAUGUCCGAUAUGCUGAACGCGGAAGUGGUGUUGGGUACGAUUCAGAACAUUCGGGAUGCGGUCACCUGGCUCGGCUACACUUACCUCUAUAUCCGAAUGCUGCGUUGUCCGAGCCUGUAUGGGAUCAGCCACGAUAAACUGAAGCAGGAUCCGUUACUGGAGCUACACCGGGCCGAUCUCAUUCACUCGGCCGCUGUUGGGCUGGAUCGCAGCGGCCUCAUUAAGUACGACCGCAAGUCCGGCAAUUUUCAGGCGACCGAGUUGGGCAGAAUCGGAUCUCAUUAUUACUGCACGCACGAGACUAUGGCGACGUACAAUCAGUUGCUGAAGCGCACAUUGAGCGAGAUAGAAUUGUUUCGCGUGUUCUCGCUGUCCGGCGAGUUCAAAAACAUAAACGUGCGCGAGGAGGAGAAACUAGAGUUGCAGAAGUUGAUGGAACGAGUGCCGAUACCUGUGAAGGAGAGCAUCGAAGAGCCGAGUGCGAAGGUGAAUGUGCUUCUACAGGCAUAUAUCUCGCAACUGAGGCUCGAGGGCUUCGCCCUCAUGUCUGACAUGGUGUUCGUCACGCAGUCCGCGUCGCGUCUCAUGAGAGCUAUCUUCGAAAUAGUGCUGUUUCGGGGCUGGGCGCAGCUGGCGGACAAGUGUUUGUCUCUUUGCAAGAUGAUCGACCGCCGGAUGUGGCAGUCUAUGUCACCGCUGCGACAGUUCCGCAAGAUGCCAGAGGAGAUCGUGAAGAAGAUCGAGAAAAAGAACUUUCCUUGGGAGAGACUGUACGAUCUCGGACCCAACGAGAUCGGCGAGCUGAUACGCGUGCCGAAGCUCGGCAAAACCAUACACAAGUACGUCCAUCAGUUCCCGAAGCUGGGCCUGUCUACGCACAUACAACCGAUCACACGUUCCACUCUGCGUGUCGUCCUGACUAUCACUCCAGACUUUCAAUGGGACGAGAAGGUGCACGGCAUGUCGGAGGCGUUCUGGAUACUGGUCGAGGACGUGGACUCAGAAGUGAUACUGCAUCAUGAAUAUUUCCUGCUGAAGGCCAAGUACGCAGCCGACGAGCACGUGAUCAAGUUCUUUGUGCCAGUGUUUGAACCGUUACCACCGCAGUACUUCCUACGCGUCGUAUCUGACCGGUGGAUCGGCGCCGAAACGCAGUUACCCGUGAGUUUCCGGCACCUGAUACUGCCGGAGAAGAAUCUACCGCCCACGGAGCUGUUGGAUCUGCAACCA